AUGUUUCAAGCCGGUAUUAUCCGACCAGCUAAAUAUUCUCAGUGGUUGUCGAACAUAGUACCAGUGUGGAAGAAGAAUGGCAAAAUUCGCGUUUGUGUAGACUACAUGAAUCUUAAUGCUGCAACACCGAAAGAUGUCUAUCCCAUGCCUGUGGCAGAUAUGUUGGUAGAUGCAGUUGCAGGACACGAGCUACUAUCCUUUAUGGAUGGCACAGCUGGUUAUCACCAGAUUCCUGUUUCUGAAUCGGACAAACACAAAACAGCGUUUAGAUGUCUAGGGUUCACUAGAGUGUUUGAGUAUAACAAUAUGUCAUUUGUGUAUAUCGAUGAUGUGGUGGUCAAGUCUAAGAAGAAAGAAGAUCACAUCGAGAAUUUAAGGACAGUGUUCACCAGAAUGAGGAAGCACAAGCUCAGGAUGAACCCAGCUAAAUGCAUUUUUGGGGUUCGAGCAGGAGACUUCUUGGGUUUCAUAGUGCAUGAAAGAGGUAUUGAAGUCACGGAGGACAAGGCAAAAGCGGUUCUAGAUGCUCCGGCACCUAGGAACAAGAAGGAACUUCAGAGACUCUUAGCACAAGAUGGUGAUGGAGAAGGGGGUAAGAAGAUUGAACAUGCAGUUUACUACUUGAGCCGGACCUUAUUAGAGGCCGAAACUAGAUACUCGUCAAUUGAGAGGUUGUGUUUAGCUUUGUACUUUGCUGGUACUAAGCUCCGCCAUUACAUGUUGUCCUUUACCACGGUGGUGGUGGCACAAAUUGAUUUAGUGAAGUAUAUGCUUACCAGACCUAUGCUUAGGGGUCGGAUUGAAUGGAAGUGCACUAACAAUCAAGCAGAAUAUGAAGCAAUCAUCAUUGGCCUGGAACUUUUGCUUGAUCUGGAAGUAACAGAGGUGGAAGUAUUAGGUGAUUCACUCCUAGUCAUUAACCAGCUCAAAGGUGUCUACAAGUGCAACAAUUUUACAUUACUCCCUUUUUGGGAGCGAGCAUCGGAGUUGUUAGACCAAUUUACAGACGUGGUGCUUGAUUAUAUUCCUAGAGAACGAAACUUUGCUGCCAAUGAAUUAGCACAGUUGGCUACUGGUAUCCGCUUGGCGGAUGGCGUUCGCGAAAGGAUUUUGAAGGUUCAGAGACUCACAUUGCCUUCCUUUAUGGCAAGGAAAGAAGUUAAAGAUGACUGGUUGGUCGCUGUUAUUGACGCUAUUGAUGUAGAUUGGCGACAAUCGAUUAUCCAGUACCUCACUGAUCCUUCUGCACCGGUGGCCAAGAGGGUUAUAUAUUUUGCUACUAACUACGUCCUUCGAGGCGGUGAACUAUUGCGUAGGGCAGAAGACGGCUUGUACCUGAGAUGCAUCUAUGGAGCUGAGGCUAAGAGGUGCUUACGAGAGGUUCAUUGUGGCUAUUGUGGUUCGCACCAAGCUGGUCCUAAGAUGAGAUGGCUAAUUCGACGAUAUGGUUUCUAUUGGCCUACCAUGCUCAAGGACUGUAUCAGCUUUGCACAGGGUUGCAUCAAAUGUCAAAUGCAUGGGCCAGUCCAGCAUGUGCCAGACGUUCCUCUGCAACCAAUAAUUAAACCUUGGCCAGGUCGCGGCUGGGCUUUAGACUUCAUUGAGGAGAUUCAUCCAAAUUCUUCCGUACAGCACAAGCACAUUCUACUUGCUACAGAUUUCUUCACUAAAUGGGUAGAGGCUAUACCAGUCAAGACAACAUCUUCAGAGGUGAUCACUGACUUUAUCUUCAAAUAUAUUAUCACCUGA